AUGUCUCGAAACCGCCAAAUAGAUACGAUGGACGAUGAAGGACAUGCAUCAUCAUCUAGUGAAGAGGAAUCCGACUUCGAUAGCGACGAAGAAAUUGCGCUGCAGACCCGCCAAACGCAAGUGAUUGAUAAAGACUCCGAUGAAGAGGAACUCGAACGAUUUGUGCUUGGAGAUACGGCCAAUUUCCGAGAAAACUUGUUUCGAGACGAGUCGAGAGUCGACGAUGUAGGGAAUAUUUUUAGUGGUCUCGUUGAAAAAGAAGGAGACGACCUUGAGACAGGUUUAGAGGAUGUGGACGAUGCAGAUCUCUUCACCUUUGACGUAGGGGGUGCUGCCCCCAGCGGUGACAAAGCCGCUGUGGUAUCACUGGUCCCUAAAAGCCAGGAAAUACCAGAGAAGAACCGGCCUGCUUGGGAAGAUAGCGACGAUGAGAAUUUAACUAUAUCACUGGCGGACGUAUCUCAACUGCGAAAGCUACGGAUUAGCGAGGCAGAGGACGUUAUUAGUGGUACUGAAUAUACUAGAAGACUAAGGCAACAAUAUCUUCGGCUGAAUCCACUUCCCAAAUGGGCGAGAGAGGCUGAGGAACGCCCAGCGAAGCGUCGUCGGCGGUCAUCUGCGGCAGCAAGCGACUCGAGCAUAUCCGACGACGAAGCAAAUGAAGGGGAUGGUGAAGCAUCUGCUUUACCGCUGGAAAAGUUCCUCCGAGAUGCCAGUACAUUGAAAGAUAAAAACACUCAGAAGGUGAAGAAAUUACGUCCAGAGGUCAUUGACAUUCAACGAUCUCGAGAUAUACCUGAUACACACAAGGACGAAGUCACAUCUCUUGCUUUCCACCCAGAAUACCCUGUUCUACUGUCCUCUAGCACAUCCUCUGUAUUACACCUACACCACAUCGCGCCAACUGCCCACCCAACUCCAAACCCCCUCUUGACGUCGGUACAGGUCAAACAAGUACCCGUUCGGAGAGCCGAGUUUCUGUACCCUACUGGCGAUAAAAUCUUUUUCGCUGGACGGCGACGAUAUAUUCACUCGUGGGACUUGGCUACUGGUACGAUACAAAAGACGAACAAAGUACAGGGUCAUCGGUUAGAGCAAAGAACGUGGGAGCGUUUUAAGCUCAGCCCCUGCGGGCAAUACUUGGCAUUGAUCGCCUCGACAAGGAAAGGCGGUGGUAUUAUUAAUAUCUUGAACGCUAAUACUAUGCAAUGGGUUGCUGCCGCCAGACUCGACAGCAGAGGAGGCAUUGCGGAUUUCUCCUGGUGGAGCAAUGGUCACGGGCUUACAAUUUUGGGUAGGGGAGGUCAGGUUGGUGAAUGGAGUAUGGCUACGAGGCGUUUCCUUGCGAUUUGGAAUGACGAAGGCUCUAACGGAGGAACGGUGAUGGCAAUGGGGGGCCGGGACGGUCCUGUCACUCUCGGCGAGGACCGGUGGAUAGCAAUUGGAUCUAACAGUGGCGUGACAAACAUCUAUGAUCGGCAAGCUCUAAUAUUACCUUCUUCGGACGAAGAGCUGGAAGUCCAGGAAAGACCCGAACCAACCCGAAGGUUCAUGCAGCUAACGACUCCAGUCACGGUUCUCACAUUCAGCCCUGAUGGUCAACUGUUAGCAUUUGGCAGCAAGCACAAGAAGGAUGCACUACGACUAGCACAUUUGCCAAGCUGCACGGUCUACAGGAACUGGCCGACGGAACAGACGCCCCUUGGCAGGAUUUCAGAUGUGGCAUUUGGUAGAAAGAGUGACUUGCUGGCUGUUGGCAAUGAUGCAGGAAAAAUUAGAUUAUGGGAGAUCCGAAGCUAG